AUGGCCUCCUCCUCCCUCGACCCGCCCCUCCUCUCCAAUCCAGACCUUUCUCCCCGCGAUCCCCUCACCGGCGAGAAGAAACGCAAGCGCGGCGCCACCCGCCUCUCGUGCGCCGAAUGUCGCAGACUCAAACUACGUUGCGACCGUGCAAUUCCUUGUGGCUCUUGCGUCAAGCGAGGUUGUGCUGCUAUAUGUCCUGAUGGCUCCCUCACCACCGGCAAGGGAAAUCGCUUUGUCCUUGCUUCAACGCAGGAUUUGCACGAGAAGAUUAACCAACUCGCCAAUCGCGUCCGCGACCUCGAAGAUGCACUUCGCGCGUCACACACGUUGCACUCCUUGGACCCCCAUCCACUCCUGUCCGAGGAUCUCCUUCGUAUAAAGGCCCCCAUCCAGAGAGAAAACUUGAUAAACACCGGCGCCACCAAUGGGAAUCCUGACGAGCAGGGAGCCGAUGUUGUGGACUCCUUCGGCUCCCUAUCUAUCAGCGAAAGUGGCCGUACCAACUACUUUGGUCAGGCGACUAGCUCAUGGGUGAAUAAUCAGGAUGAUUUGCGGGACCAUCGUCUCAGUCAAUUGGCCAAGCUUCUAUCGCCUGAAGUUCUCUCACUCAGCGGCCUCUUCCCAAUCGCCCCCAGCCUGCCUCUAACGCCAGACGCUCAGACGAUGAAGUUAGAGCGAUUGCGUAGUCUUUUCUGGUACCUACCAGGUGUGGACGAAGCGUGCGAAUUGCGCCGCAUCUACUUCCAGAACGCCGCUUGGAUGUACAAUCCAGUCACGAUGGCGCAGCUUAACGAAAGUGCCUACAACAUCUUCUACAACACGAGCAAGGCACCAGACAUGGACGACCCGCUUUUGUCGCAUCAGCUCGCUCUCCUUUACAUGAUCCUCGCCAUUGGUAGCCUAAUGGAUACCACACGUCCCGCGUACAACGUCGAGGCCGAAAAGUAUCAUCAGCUCGCGCGAGCUGCCUUGUUCCAAAGUCCUAUAUUUGAGGAGCCGACCUUGACUGCCGUCCAGAGCCUCUACUUGAUGGCAUUCUAUCUGUUCCUCAGCGAGCGGCACGGCAGUGGCGUCGGGUCGCGGUGGGCUUUCAUGGGAUUGGCCGUGAAGCUAGGCGUUAGCGUGAGCAUCUCUCUUCUCAUGCUCCAUCGGGACGCGGGCAAAUGGCACAUUAGCAACGACGAGGUGCAAAGACGCCGGGAGAGUUUCUGGGAACUCUACUCAUACGAUCUGCUACAAUCGUUUACACUGGGGCGUCCGCCAUCAUUCACACUGGCCCACGUCGAUUGCAAGAAGCCGUAUACGGAAGACCCAUGUAAUGAGGAGACAUUCCAUUGGUGGAAGCACAGGUUCACGUCAGAAUGCAUGAACCUCGUUUACGACCAAGCGUUCGGUGCCAAGACACCGACGUACAGCACCGUCCUUCAGCUCGAUCGCAAGUUGCGCGGCUUCGCAGUUCCGGCGUCGUUGCAGAUAGCCGGCUUCGGCAACUCAGAGUCACGAGCAGGCCAAUACUACGAGAGCGUGCCGCUCAUUCUCCAACGACACCUGGUGCUUGCUAUUCGAGAGUCGAACUUGCUGUACAUGCAUCGCGGAUUCUUCGCUCGGGCUAUCAGCGACCACCCCAAGGACCCCCUCGGCAGUCCUUACGGCGGUUCUUUCAUCGCUGCGUACCGCAGUGCAGGGUCACUCGUGGCACUCGUGCGCAACAUCCACUCCCAGCUCAAGGAAUUAACGGAACGGAUGUGGUUCCUCUGGACACAUUUGUUCUCCUGUUCGAUUAUUCUCGGAUCGAUCGUCACGCGGUGUCCGUCCAUGAGCCUGGCACCUUCGGCGCUGGUCCAGCUCGACUCCGCGUGCGAGCUUUUCAGGAAAACAGCCACUGGUUUCCAUGCCGAGAAGGUGUUGGGCAUCAUGAUGCGACUGCGCGAGAAGGCUCACGCCAGCUUGUCUGCCUACCGCAACACCCCACCAUCUCGCCCAGGCACUCUAUCAGAGCCGACUACGCCGGCGGAUGACAACGAUGAGCUAAGCACCCUGGGAGGGAGAACACGCCUCGUCGAGCAGAAGGAGAAGUCGCUCUCGCCACAGAUUACGGACCGCUCGCCAACAUCGCUGAACCCGAUCGUACCGCUCCCGCUGAAACAGGACGAGGACCAGCAAGUGCAUCCAUAUGUGCUCCAGUACCUGCGCACUUUCGUCUCCUCGUCACCACAGAACGGCGUCUCUACGUCGAUGCAGGCCGGCCCCUCACAACCUCAAAUGCAGAAUGGCGCCCAGAUUUCCCCGACACACUUCCAACAGCCGCAGGCCAUGCACAACCUUCAUCCGAUCUCGACCUCGUUUGGUGCACCCGACGUGUACCAGCAGCAACAACAGCAGGCGCAACAACCCACUGGGCUGCAGAUGGAAGGCAUCGGGUUCCCCCAGUACUUCCCUGUGUUCGACUACGGACACGCGAGCGGGAGCGGGUCGUCAGCGGACGCGUUCAUGAACUCACCAAUACCGAUGGACGGCGAGUUCUCUGCCGUCGGCGGGCGGUCGUACUCCCCCGAGCAGAUGAGCGCACAGUCAGCGUGGCAGGACUUCGUGGCGCAGAUGGGUAUGUGA